UAACAACGCAAACGCAGAAAAAACUUAGUUGAAUAAACAGAUAAUAAUUAUUCAAACAGAAAUGAACAAACUGAAGUCGAGCCAGCAUCGCGACAAGGUGAAGAAGUUUAUUUCGCUGACACAGACGGGGGAACAGACUGCAAUUUUUUGUCUGCAACAGAAUGACUGGAAAAUGGAUCUGGCCAGUGACAACUACUUUCAGAAUCCCGAGUAUUAUUACCGCGAGCUGGAUCGGAAACGCAUCGAGCAGUUAUUUAUGCGAUACCGCGAUCCGAGUGAUCCGCUAAAGAUUAGUUCUCAGGGCGUGAUACGAUUCCUAGAAGACCUAGACCUGAAACCCGACUCAAAGCUGGUCCUGAUCAUUGCGUGGAAAUUUCACGCCGAGGUACAGUGCGAAUUCUCACGGGAUGAAUUUACAAAUGGCAUGUGCGACCUGGGCAUCGAUAGCAUUGAGAAACUCAAGUCAAAGUUGCCAUUGCUGGAGCUGGAACUGAAUGAUGCUGGCAAAUUCAAGGAUUUUUAUCACUUCACCUUUAACUAUGCCAAGGAUCCGGGACAGAAGAGCAUCGAUCUGGAUAUGGCAAUUGCAUACUGGUGCAUAGUUCUGAGCGGACGCUUCAAGUUCUUGGACAUUUGGUGCAAGUUCCUCGAGGAGAAACACAAGCGAGCCAUAUCGCGAGACACCUGGAAUUUGCUCCUCGAUUUUGCCACCAACAUCGAUGAUCGGAUGAGUAAUUACGACUCGGAAGGUGCCUGGCCUGUACUUAUCGACGACUUCGUUGAAUGGUGCCAGGAAAACAAUCAUCUGAAGGAAGAGCCAUCGUCAGGGUGCCAGCAGCAGUCAACGUCCCAAAGGAACAUAUCUAGCGCUUACCCGACCUCGCAUAGUACAAACAUGAAUUAUGGCUAACGAAUUGUUAGAGCUGCUAUAUUCUCAUUAAUAAUAGAUUUGCUUUUCCUCUGAUUAUUCUAAAUAAUGAAGAUAUGAAGCAAG